ACAUCAGAGUUUGAAAAGGAUAUAGAAAUCCUCCCUAGAGGAUCAGACCACCCGUGAACCUGUCGACCACCGGUCGAUCACAAGCCUAAGAAGUGAACUCGCAGAGAGAGAGAGAGAGAGAGAGAGGGGGAGAGAAACCCUAAUACUGUUACCAGCGGGACGAAUGCUUCAACAAUGGAGUUCGAUAUUCCGAUGGAUCUGAUCCGAGAAGCCCAGAGCCUGCUCCGAAAGGAAGCUGGACUCUCCUCCUACGAUCCGGAUGACCCUACCCUCCCCAGCCUUCCUUCGCUCGCCGAGUCGAUCUCACAGUUCGAUCCUUCGCCGCCUCACCUUCGGUGCAAGCAGUGUAAAGGGACGCUUCUCGGGGGUUUGCAGUCGAAGUUUUGCUUGUACUGUGGAGCAGAGCAGAGGAAGGAGGUUCCUCCGGAUCCCAUAGCCUUCAAAUCAACAUUUGGGUAUCGGUGGUUGCUCGAGACCUUGGAUUUGGACGGAUCGGAAACAGUGGGGCCACCCGUUGACAGAAAUGAAUUAAACAGAGAGCAGAGUGCAUCAAAAGAUGAAUUAUCGUUAGCUGAUUUUUUAGAUUUAGAAAUAAAAUGGACUGCUGAGUCAGAGAAAAUUGGGGCAACUGUUUCAAACCAGGCAUCACUUCUGAGUCAAAGUUCUCCAAAUUUGUCUGAUGACAUUGACAAUUUUUUCCCUGAACCAAACAGAGAGACUGCUUUUAAUGCAUCUGAAGAGCAGCUGGUCCCAAACACACUCAUCAGUAGUAAGGAGAGUCCUGCAUUUCAAGUUCAGAAUAGCCCUAGUUUGUUUGAGACUGUUCAACCUUCUGACACAGCAGUGAGGUCUAGUGGAGGUGGGAAUGACGAUAUUGAUUCUAGUUGGGAGGCAGACUUUCAAUCUGCUAGUUCUGGGACUACUCGCGAAGACUCCAAAUCAUUUGACCCUUUGGUGGGUUCAGAUAUUGAUAUUUCUGCUCAUAUGGACACCGUAUUUGGACUUGGAAAAGAUAAACAAGGUGCAAAUCCAGAAGAUGAUUUGACUCCUGCAUCCAUAACUAACGAUUGGAUUCAAGAUGAACAAUGGAAUAAUUUGAACUGCAGCAUAUCCAGUCAGGUUCAGCCAUUUGUAGGUGAAUUUAAGGAUGGUGGACCAGUGGGUAAGUCAAAUAUUCCCUCUACUAGUGAUGAUUGGAUUCAAGAUGAUCAAUGGCAGACUAGCAGCAAAACUGACAAUAAGAUAGUUAUUGAGGACUAUGACUCAUUUGAUGCAUGGAAUGAUUUCACAAACUCAACUAGUGGGCAAGAUCCUUCUAAUAGUUCUUGGAAACAAGCUGGUGAUGAUUCUGCCCGGUCAGAUGCUCAGAAUGCAAAUGUAAACUUCUGCGCCUCAACUAACAACAAGGAAGAGAUGGACUUUGGUAGCUUUUUGCUACCAGAUCUUUCCUUAGGUGCACUUAAGAGUCAAAAUAACUCCAAGGUGAAUAACAUGCAGUCAGAGGUUUCUGUUUCAGACAGUAUGGAUAAUGAGAAAAUUAAAAUCAUGGGGAAUGCCGAAGUUGCUGUAGAAGGUGUGGAUGCUUUUGAUGCAACGACGCAAUCAAAAACUGACGAUAUAGAGGUGUUAAUGUCACAGAUGCAUGAUCUGUCCUUUAUGCUAGAGAGCAGUCUUUCAGUCCCCACGAAGCCAGAUGGAUUCAGUUAAUUUCCGACUAGUGAAACCCAGUUUUACCUCGUGGGGUUUUCAUUGUUUGUUUGUCCAUUUUGUAAUCCAUGUUUUGAUAGGAAAAAUGCCUGCAUUUGAGAUGGUUUAAAUGGAUGCAUGAGUUUGGUCUUCCAGGUGGUUAGUAUUUGAUCCCUGCUGAUACCAAUUUUGAAAGGUUAAUCCCCCUUUCUUCCAUAAUUGCUAUCUGCUGCCUACAAUACACUGCUUCUCAAGGUAAAAAUGCUCCAGAAGGCAAUACGUCAGUAUAGUAAUCAGGUCUUGUAUAUAUGAAGCCAGUGGCCUUGCAUUCUUCUCUCAAGGGACUACUGCUUGGAUUCUCUGUUCAUGGGUUCAAGCUGAACAUCCUCAUCCAUGACAAUCCAGGAAAAAAGUUGCAAUUUUCCGGUUUCAUUAUUUUUCCCAUAGUUAAAAAAAUUAAUUUCCCGAUUGGUUUCAUUUCAUUCUGAGAGGAAAAUCAGACAUUUAUUUUUAAUAAAUUCAUUAAUUUUCUUUA